UUUGCGAGAGAGGCGUGGGUAGCGUAAACAGUCGCGGACAGCUGUGUCGCGAUACGGAGACGAUACUGACGUGGUUAACAGGUAACUGGUUUUCCAUUCGCGCCCUCCCCAAAAGUUCCGUUAUGUUAGUUCUUGUUCUUGCCUGUUCGGUUUUGUUUGUGUCGAUCGGCUGCGCCAGUGAAGUGAAAGGUGUUUAGUUCCAAAAAACUACGCACGCACACCACAAUACGGACGGAGUGCGUAUGCACCGAGAAAGCGGGAUGCAUGGAUGAAUGCACGCCAACUGCAUCGUGGUGACUUUUAGCCCGUGAUUCGCGUCGCAUCCUCAUACACGGUUCUUGCUCCGUUCUCGAUCGCACUACUGGCCGGCGCGCAAGUGUGUCGUUGUUUGCGUUAGCAGCUCAGUUUGCCACCUCAUCAGUUCCCGUGGACCGGUAAAUUUAUCAGCCCGGAUAGUCGCGUAAUCUGAUACCGAGCAGCGCAAUGCGUCGAAAUUUGCGAGUCCUGGUGAAGUACACAGUCGUAUCGUGCGCUGUGCUGCUGUUCGUGACACUGCUCCUGCGAACCUUCAACCUGGACAGCAAACGGGAACCGCUGAAAGCCUUCUUCUCGCCCGCUUUACUUCUCCCGCAGCAGCAGCAACAGCAGCAUGCGAGACAGGGCUCGUUUUUCAACGAGCCGGCCAAGAACGUGAACGGGAAGCAGAUCGAUUGGCACGACUACGAGCAGAUUCACCUGGAAGGGAAGCGUUCCGGCAUCGGUGAACAGGGGAAGGCCGGACGAUUGGGCGAGAAAGAUGCGGAGCUGAAGGACAAGCUGUUCAAGAAGAACGGCUUCAACGCGGUGUUGAGCGAUUUGAUCUCGUUGAACCGCUCACUUCCAGACAUUCGGCAUCGCGGUUGCCGCAAGAAGAAGUAUCUGAGCGAGCUGCCGACCGUGAGCGUGGUGGUGCCGUUUUACAACGAACAUUGGAGCACCCUGCUGCGGACGGCAUCCAGUGUGCUGCUUCGGUCGCCCACUGAACUGAUCGUGGAGAUCAUUCUGGUGGACGACUGCAGUACGAAGGAGUUUCUGAAGGGCCAGCUAGAUGACUACGUUGCGGAGAAUAUGCCGAAGGUGAAGGUUGUGCGCCUACCGGAACGAUCGGGGUUGAUUGCCGCCCGCCUGGCCGGUGCUAAGGUGGCCUCCGGCGACGUGCUAAUCUUCCUGGACUCUCACACCGAAGCGAACGUGAACUGGCUGCCGCCAUUACUGGAACCGAUCGCUAUCGACUACCGGACGUGCGUCUGUCCCUUCAUCGACGUUAUCGACUGGGACACGUUUGAGUAUCGCGCACAGGACGAAGGGGCACGCGGUGCGUUCGAUUGGAAGUUUUUCUACAAACGGCUGCCGCUGCUCCCGAAGGAUCUGCAGAACCCGACCGAGCCGUUCGAAAGCCCCGUUAUGGCCGGCGGCCUGUUUGCCAUCAGCACCAAGUUUUUCUGGGAACUCGGUGGCUACGACGAGGGGCUCGAUAUAUGGGGCGGCGAGCAGUACGAGCUUAGCUUCAAGGUGUGGCAGUGUGGGGGCAAGAUGUACGAUGCGCCCUGCUCUCGGGUGGGCCACAUUUACCGUGGUUACGCUCCGUUCGGCAAUCCACGCAAAAAGGACUUCUUGACGCGCAACUACAAACGUGUGGCCGAGGUGUGGAUGGACGAGUACAAAGAGUAUCUGUACAUGCGCGAUCGCAAGAAGUACGAAAAAACGGAUGUCGGUGACAUUUCCCGCCAGCUGGCCAUCCGCGAGCGGCUGCAGUGCAAACCCUUCAAGUGGUUUAUGACGCACGUGGCGUUCGAUUUGGUUGAAAAGUAUCCUCCGAUCGAGCCACCGGACUUUGCGAACGGAGCCAUCCAGAGCGUGGCCAAGCCGGCGCUCUGUGUGGACACGAUGAACCACGGUGAAAAGCAGCCCGUCGGCCUUUACUCGUGCGCCGAGGACAAAGCGCAACCCCAGCCAAACCAAUUUUUCCAGCUCUCCUGGCACCGGGAUCUGCGCAUCAAGUUUGGCGAGCUGUGUUGGGACGUUUCGGAGAGUUUGCCGAACGCAAAAAUCCUGCUGUACCACUGCCACGGUGGUCAGGGGAAUCAACUGUGGCGGUACGACCUCGACAGCCAGAUGUUGAAACAGGGCAAAAACAAUCGCUGCCUGGACAUGGAUCCGGUCGGGCGCGAGGUGUUUGUGAACGCGUGCGACCUCACGAAUCCGCACCAGCGGUGGCGCUGGGGUUUCGUAAAUUCCACCUCCAUCGGUCAGUGGGAAACGUACGGAGCGAAGCUGAUUGAAUGACGCAUUCAGCAUAAUCGGAUAUUGGAUGCACAAGCAUAUUGUAGUACAAUCAAUGGCACACAAUCGUGUGAACAAUUCGGCACGAUCGAAGUACGACGACGACGACAAACGCCGCACAGAAAGAAGAUUGAUGUGAUUUCAUCAUGUUCGAAGGUUGUGAAACUGUUAUCAAAAAACGACAACAUUAGUUAUGCUCAACUCUAGCUGAAAACGUUCGAUAGCAUUCCUAGGGGUACGGAGUUACGGAAGAUAAAUACUUUAUUUUUCCUAGCCUUGCCUAUCAUACACGCCACCGGAGCCAACGUGUUGUGCCAUCGUUGUAAAUUUUGAAAGGCAUCCUAAUCAAGGCUUUUUUUACUGUUAACUGUCAGCUAAAACGAAACGAAGACAAUAGAUUUCAGGACACCCGGUCGCUAGGUUCGUCCAAGCAGCCCGCGUUCGGGCGUGCGAAACAACUGGGAUAGCAAUUUAAUUCAGAAAAAUUGACUGAAAAUGGCAAUAAUAAUAUAUUACGCGUGUCCGCCGCCGUAUUGGAACGGUGGAAAGUAUUAAGUACAAAUUGGGCCAGAUGCUUACUGACUUACUGGAAAGAAAAAGUGGCCGCUUACGGGUGUGAUGGGUUCGUCGCUGGUUUCUCUUUUUUCACAGGAUCUCCCGUUACCAAGGAGACUAAGUCGUCGUUAUGCUUGAU